AUGCUCAUCUCCGUUGACUCACGACAGCGGUGCCCACAAGGGAUGUGUUUAUGUCCAACGCGAGAGCUGGCAGCGCAGAACCAUGAUGUGGUCUCCAAGCUUGGCAAGUUCACAGGAAUGGACUUCUUGCUGGCAGUGCCACGAGAUGAGAAAUUUCCCCGGAAGGUGGAAUCGCAGAUUGUCGUUGGUACUCCUGGAAAAGUGCAGGAUUUAACCAAGAGGCGCACCAUCGACCCCAGCAAUUUCACCAUUUUCGUGGUGGACGAGGCGGAUGUGAUGAUUGACGAGGGGCAACAGAUGGGACCACAGGUCGUUCAAGUGCGGAGGAUGCUUCCUGACAAAGUCCAGGUGCUGUUAUUCUCAGCAACAUGGCCAGACCAUGUUGAGAAAUUUGCAAAGAUGCUUGUCCCAAAGGCGAACACGAUCAAGGUCCAAAAGGAGGAUUUGACCCUCACUACUAUCACACAGACGUACAUUGAUGUUGGCAGACCCGACAAGAAGCAGGGACAACUCUCCGAUCUUUAUGGUGCUUUGAACAUUGGCCAAAGCAUCAUCUUUGUUAACUCCAGGCAGGGAGCCUUCGACCUAGCCAAGACCAUGAAGGCAGAGGGCCAUGCCGUGUCUCUGAUUUGUGGGACACAGAAGACUGGUCCGGAGCGCAUUGAUGUGGCCUACCGCGAUCGCGUCAUGAGCGAGUUCCGCAGCGGUGUCACGAAGGUUCUGAUUGCCACCGAUGUGCUGUCGCGUGGCAUUGACGUUCCUGCUGUGACUCUUGUGGUGAACUACGAACUUCCCAUGAGCUACAGCAGCUACGGACAGCCUGACUUUGAGACUUACAUGCACCGCAUUGGCCGAACCGGAAGGUUCGGUCUCAAGGGCGUGGCUGUGAAUUUGGUCUCUGAGAAGGAUCGCCACCACCUCGAAAGCAUUCAGAGCUUCUACAAGUGCAAGAUGACCAAGCUCAGCGGAGAUUGCGAGGAGAUGGAAGCUUUGCUGAAGGGCUUGAGGUGA